AUGGAAAAAGAACCAUUUGUUGAGUUACAACGUGUAUUGUCAUAUCAAUAUUAUGAUACAAUAAUUACUGAUUUAACAUACUUUCACCCACAAAAAUGUGAACAAGUUAUUGAACAUUUCAAUUUAGCAAAAAAUAUCAUCAAUAAUGAUAAAAUUAAAUUAAAUAUUUCUCCAAUAAAAUUUUAUUCUGUUGGAUUAUUUAUUAGCCAAAUUAUUGAAUAUCCAAUAAAUAUAUCUUUAAGAAAAACUAUUAUAGAAUUUUAUUGUACAUUAUUUGAAAAAAUUAAUAAAAUAUAUGGAUCUCCAUUUAUUGAUGAGUACAUUUUAAAAAUCAUAUUUUUACAUUUUUAUGAUGAGUAUUAUGGUUGUUAUUCAAUUAGUGGUUUAGAAGAAAAUAGUUAUAUAGAAGAUUCUAAAAUAAGAAUAUCUUCAUUUAAAAUAUGUAUUGGAUGUAUAUAUAAAAAAGAUAUGAAACAACUUUUUAAUGGUGAAGGUGUCUUCGACAAAAUUAUACAUAUAUUUUAUAAAAAAGCUGCAUAUUUUUUUCAAUUUUUAAUAAUUCCUUCAGUAUUUUGUAAUAUUGAAGAAGAUGUUUGCAAUAUUAUUAAUAUAUCUGCAUCUAUUUUUGAUUCAUUAGAAGAGUAUCUUAAAAUAAUAAUUGAUUUGGAUAAUUUAUGUUUUAGUGAAAAAAUAACAAAUGAAUUAUUGGAAAAGAUGUCUAUAACUAUAAAAUUAAUGUUUUCAACUAUCUUAGGGGAAUCAAUUCAUGAUACACUUUUAAAUUCUAUUUACUUAGAAGGAGUUAAAUAUAAUCUUUGUAAAAUAAUAUCCUUUAUUUUAAAAUUUACUAUUUUUUUAAAUAAUGAAAAUCAUAUAAUGAUAUUUAAAGAAUCAGUUAAAAAUGUAGCUAAAAUUAUAUUAAAAUUAUGUUUAAUGGAAAAUACACCAACAACAUGUAUUGAGUCAAAACCUUGUACUAAUUAUCGUUUUGAAUUAAAGGAAAUUAAGAAGUUCCUUGUAUCCAUUCAAUCAAAAUUUAAUUUCUUAAUUGUAUCUGAAAAUGUACAAUUGGAUGAAAGUAGAAAUGAAGAGAUUGAAAAAGAUAUUAUAAAAUCUUUGGAAGUAAUGGAAAUAUAA